AUGAAAAAAUAAUAAGUAUAAGCCAAAGCCAAGGCUAAGACAACUGAGAAAUAGACCAAGUUGAAUCAAAAUUCUAAUGACCGUUAUUACCCUGACCUUUUAAUAGAUGAGGAUGCUUAUCUUCGAAACAAUUACAAGGUGGUUCGUGAAUUGGGAAGAGGAGGAUAUGGUGUGGUUUAUAAAGGUUAUGCAUACCAUAAUGGACAAGAAGACAAGACAAAGAAGUAUGCAAUUAAAGUGAAUUUCUCAACAGUCUCUCCAGAAUUGAUAUUUGCAGAGAUUGGAUUCCUGAAAUUAGUGUAAGGAAAGGAGAACUUGCCUCAAUUGGUUAAUUUAUUCUUGACAAAUUAGAAAAUAUACAUAGUAACAGAGUAUUUUAGUUUUGAUCCAUUCAUUACUUUUUUUUCUACUUUUAACAUGUAGGAAAUUAAAGAUUAUUUACGAGAAUUGUUAAAGGCUUUACUUAUAUUGAAAUAGAAUGGAAUAUAUCAUAGAGAUGUAAAACCUGGUAAUUUUCUUUAUAACCCAAAAUUAAAGAAAGGUAUCCUUAUUGAUUAUGGAUUAUCGGAAAUCGAUAAAUCGUUUGUCAAUAAUAUGGUGGAAAAUGGUGGAAAUACAUAAGAAAUAAGACAAAGAAAGCAAUUAUAUGAAGAUAUUAUGAAAACAAUUGCUUAAAUCGGACACAAUAAAAUAGGCACUGAGAGUUUCAUGCCAUUGGAAUCCAUUUUACAUUAUCAAGAGUAAUCCUAUGAAGUUGACAUAUGGGCUGUAGGAGUCAUAUUUUUAUAGUUUCUGACAAGGAAAUACAACCUAUUCAGUAAUGUGAGGAUGGUCCACAAACCUGCAGUGUCUAAAAAUCUAUUCUAUGUGAACUUUAUUCUAGAAUUGACUUCACUAUUUGGAGCUGAAGCCAUUACUAAGAUUUGUAAUAAAUUUGGUUAUAGCCUGAAUUUGCCAUCUGUUGUUGCUAAAACCCCAAUUAAUUGGAGGAGUGUAAUUCAUGUUGAGGGAUUUGAUGACAAAGCAGAAGACUUACUAACUUAGUUAUUAGAAUUAGAUCCUUAAAAAAGGAUUAAAGUUGAGGAUGCUCUAUAACACCCAUUCUUUGAACAGUGA